AUGACUUCCAUCUCAAAAGACCAGUUCUACCAAGCUGCCUAUCCCCUCAUAGUAUUUACUUCGCUCUUCGUGUUUGCGCGCAUCGGCAUCCAGAUAUGGAAGCGAAGGGCACUCGAACUACAGGAUUACCUCCUCUAUGCAGGGUUUGUAUUAUUCCUUGCCAUGUCCAUCUGUUACGUUAUCGUCGCCCCUGUAAUAAUCUUAAUGGAUAAGGUCAACGAGGGGCAAAUAGCGCCAUGGCCAGACAUGAUGGCUGAUGUUGUUCUUUGCAUUCGGAUGAGCUUUGUGACGACAGGUUUAUUUUGGUUGUCCUUGUGGUCCGUAAAGUUAUCUUUGCUGGCACUCUACAAGAAGUUGAUGAAUGGCCUGCCCGCAGUAUACAUGCGGCUUUGGUGGGCGGUUUUGACUUUUUGUAUCGUUGGCCUUGUUGGCUGUUUCGUCUCUUAUGCCACCUCUUGCCCUGACAUUAUAGCGACUUUGAGCAUGGGAGAUUGCCCAAAAAAUGAGCGAAGUGUUCGUGGUCAGCUUGCCUGUCUCUACGCUUCUUAUGCCGUAGAUAUCGCAUCGGAUUUUAUGAUUAUGUUUCUACCGAUCCGACUUGUUUGGAACCUCCGAAUUGCGCGCGGCCAAAAGAUAGCCAUUAUUGCACUGUUCGCCUCUGGCCUCGUAUGCAUUGCUUUUGCGACUUUGCGUGUCGUUCAGAUAGGCGAUACAGCUGGAACUAACAAAUUUCCAAGCCCGGCUUGGAUCGCUCUUUGGACGAUUAUCGAGACAAGCGUCGCUCUUUGUAUCGGGUGCGGUCCUGCUUUCGCGGUUCUAUAUCGUAGCACCCAGACACCUCAUGUCUCUUCUGACAGACACGGAUACUUUCAGCACCCUCGCAAUGGCUCUCGCGAAGCCUCCAACAACCUGAAUGCGAUCAAGAUGCGAUCUGUAACCGUCAGUACCUCUCGCAAGACACCUUCUAAGCCUAAUACAUGGUGGGACGACACAAAGAGCAGCCAAGAAGAGCUUGCGGCAGAAAGUAAAAGAAUAACAGUUACAACGACAUUGGAGCAGGAGUAUCGAGGAUCUGCGGCGAAUGAAGUAUGA